AUGUCUCACGAGCAACUCCCGGACGACCACUUCCGCCCCACGUACGAGGAUAUCCAUGUCCAGAUCGGCGAGUCGGCGCGCAGGAUCAAGACCGAGUUCGACCCUGAUCUCAUGGUCGCCAUCGGCGGUGGUGGAUUCUACCCUGCUCGUGUAUUGCGAACGUUCCUCAAGAAGCCUUCUGCGCUCGACCCUAGCAAGCUGCGCAACAUCCCUAUCCAGGCCAUCGGCUUGAGCUUGUACGAGGAGGUUUCAGGCACCGCGGAAGGACAGAUUGGCAACGAGGUGGUCCGCACACAAUGGCUUGAUGCCAAGACCGUCAGCGGCCACAAGGGUCCCGGAAAGAUCGAAGAGGGCAAGGAUGCCGGCGGUUUGCUUGGCAAGAACGUGCUCAUCGUCGACGAGGUGGACGACUCGAGGACCACGCUGCAGUAUGCCUACUCGGAACUUCUCAAGGAUGUCAAGAACGCCAUUGCCAACCUCUCUCCGGAGGAACGUUCCAACCUUGCGCCCACCCGUUUCGCCAUCUUUGUCGUGCACAACAAGGAAAAGGCUGGAGGUAAGCGUGGUCACCUGCCCAUCCUUCCCAAAGACCUCUCCAAGGGCGAGGACAAGAUCGUCGAUGGCCUCAGCGAAGGCGUACGAUACUAUUCGACGCAGGACAUUGGAGACGUAUGGAUCUGCUACCCAUGGGAGGAGGAGGACAUCCUCGAGCACAACCGCUUGGCAGCUCUGGCCAAGAAGCUCGGCGUGAACCAGCCCAAUUAG